AUGACUUAUAUCCAUCAUACCUUCUUUCUGGCUUUUAUGCUUGUCGCAUCCCUGUUGGUCCCUAAUAGUUUUGCUACCAGCAGCGAGGGUGACUAUGGGGCCUUGACAAGGGUAACAUGUGAAGCUGUUGAUGAACAUGGGUUUGAAACGACACCGUUUUCUUUCUUAAGUGUGGAAACUGACUCGAAGGGCUAUUUCCUUGCAACGUUGAACCCACGGGAGGUCGCAGAAAAACAUGUGUUGAAGGAGUGUAGGGCUUUCCUUGAUGCCUCUCCUCUGAACAAUUGCACUUAUGCAACAGACGUUAACAAAGGGACCAGUGGUGCUUUGCUCCACUCUCCUCGAUUCCUCCAUGACAAGAAGAUGAAAUUAUACACUGUUGGGCCUUUUCUAUUCACUUCAUCACCAACACCAAUCUCUGAUGGAUAUUGA